UUUGCAAGAUCACCAAGGCGACAAGGAUCCGGAGCUGCAGCAUGAUGGUUUUUGCUACUCUUCAAUACCACAAGGAGUCACCGCGGCAGCUGCAGCUGCAGCUGCAGCAUCGUAUACUUCACAAGAGUUGGCUAUAGCGUAUUCGAUGGUCGCCUCUACACAGCAGCAAUGGCCACUGCAGGAACCUCAGCAGACGCAAGACACCUCUCCAUCACUGGCCAAAGUGAACGAGUCAAGACCCAAUAGAGACGGCACUGAUGCACUAUCAUCCCUGCUGAAGAGGACGAUCCCACUGCAAGAGCCAUACUUUCUGACAAGGCAUGCAAUUACAUCGCAGCAUACGCUAUCGACCAUGGGAGGAGUGCUCUUUUCCCUGGAUGAAGACCCCAAGGAGUUCAACCAGGACAUGUAUGUGGCCAUGAGGAAUAGAAUCUUCGAAUUGGAGGCGAAAACAGUCAACUAUGCUCCCUUCAAUCGAUCCAGGAAGAGGCCCCAUCACCACCUUCAAACACCGCCUGCGCAGGCAUCUCGGCCGAUUGCCAUGGACGGAGUCCACGUCAAUCGAUCUACACAUUCGUGUCCUUCCUGGUGCGCGCCAGAGACCUAUAUGUAUGAGCUACAUCAUGAUUUUCCGAGUCGGGGCCGAUAUUCACGCGCAGUCAACCGAGAAUGGGAUCAACAACGAACCUCAAAGAUCAAGCAUCAGGAAAAGCAGCAGUUGAUACAACGCUAUCAACUCCAUUUCGAUUAUCAGAAGCAGCGCGAACUUUGCCAGCCCCAACAUCAGCACCUUCAGAAAACCACCGGACAGUUCUCUCCGAGCUGGGCUGUGAUAGAAUCGCCCCUCAGUUCGCCACAGGAGACAACGACCUCCGAGCCUCAUGUUACGAGAAUGAUUAGUCGCUCUAUCGCUGAAUCUCCCAAGGGCACCAAUGCAGCCUUAGCAUCGACUUCAUCUGCUCGAUUUACCCUCGGCGACGGACCUAAUCUCCCAACUGGUGCCUCUUCGGUCUCAAAUGGUGAAGUUCUAUGCUCAGCCUGCAUACAAUACAUGCAAAGCUAUGGAAAAUCCCGCCCGGUUCCGCCUUUCAGACUCAAUUUUAUGAGAAAGGUUCAUUGUCGGUUUAAAAAAGAACUUUUACAACUGCGGUUCCAGGGCUGGCAGGACACCCAGAUUCUGGAGAUUGAUGAUCGCAUGACCGAGCGAGAGUUCCGUACGUUGUUUUUUGCAGGCAUGGAGGAGGGACUGGCCAUCACAAGCUCGGCGCAAAGCGGAGAGCCCUCGAGUCCUAAAUUAUCAUCCAACAGUAUACUGGAACAGAAUGGGGCAUCAGUUGCUACCAAUAUUCAAGACGACGACGACGACGACGACAGAACCUUUGAUUCACUUUCUACCGACGAAUUGCGCACUUUCACAAGCGAAGCCUCGUUAGGUGAUUUGUUCGGUCACCGAUGGAAGAUGGAACCAAUUGUGGGAUACACCCUUGUCCACUUUGGCGGCUCUGACAGAACGCGGAUGGUGCCGAUGAAUCCUACUGUCUCCUCCUUGAGUAUGCGUUUUUUCCGUUACGUACAUUCGGAAGCUGGAAUCGGUGAAAUUUUCAUUCAGAGUCCAUGUCAACGGACUUUGCUUGUUGUCAUCCGGUGGGGGCCCACCUGCACUGCACAUGCCAGAGAUGGCUGACGAAGAAGACUCUGAAGACGACCAGGAGGCACAUGAAGCAUUAGAAAUCACUGAAGACCAGUACGAUAAAUUAGACACGAGACAAGAAAGAGAUCUUUGAUAAGGCCUUCCGGUCAUUUUUAUAGGCCACUGGACGGCUUUUUCUACGCAGAGAUCCCAAUGAAAGUAUCUGUCCUGGCGCAAUCAGUGUACAAGUCGUGUUCCCUAUAAGGACGCAUUGCUUCACUGGAUAGUGAUGGUGUCAAAUGAAAUCGUCCGAUA